AAUUUGGAACAGGUUGUUACCCAUAUAGAGCACAAUAAUUUGUCCAGUAAGUCAACAGAUAGUUCAAGCAAAGCUCUUGGUUAUGUGAAAAAAAUCAAAACAGUCAAAUUUGUCAAAGUCUUGCAUUUUAUGCUUGAUUUUUUACCUAUUGUUGCAGAGAUGUCAAAAGCUUUUCAAUCUGAGUCAGUGUUGUUGUUUGAAGUACCAAUACUUAUUCAAGGGGAUAUAUUGGCACUUGAAUCACUGAAAACAAAUCCAGGAACUCAUAUGAAAGAAUUCCUAGAUAUGUUUGAUAGUGAGACAUGCAAAUAUGGCAAUGUAAAGUUGACAAACAAACCCCAGAAUCUCACUUAUACUGAUGACCAUGAAGUCACCAAGUUUUUGUCUGAUGUUAUCACCUAUGUGACAAAAAGAUUUGAAGCAUUGUAUGAACCACCAUUUUCUUAUUUUAGUAUUUUCAAUGUGAAAAACUGGCCCAUCCUCAUACCUGAACUUGGCCAAUAUGGAGUAAGUGAGUUAAUGUCAAUAGUUGACCAUGAGUGUUUUUCUUUUAUAUUCACAGAAGAAGAAAAGUCUGUAAUGGUAUCCCAGUGGUCUCUAUUAAAAGCUAAAGUAAGACACUUGAGGCAUGUCCCUUUAGUUGACAUUUUUUCUUCAGUGACUGUUGAAAACAGACAAAGUGGUACAACUCAGCUAGGUGCUGUAUGUAAAGUUAUUGAAGUAAUGAUGACCCUCUCUCCCAGCACAGCUAGCUGUGAGAGAGGGUUUUCAAUCCAAAACAUUUUGAAAACAGACAAAAGAACUAGAUUAACCCAAAAUAAUCUGAGAAAUCAACUUCUUCUUAUGACUGAAGGUCCUCCUGUUAGUGAAUUUAUUGCAGAAGAGUGCAUAUCAAAGUGGUUGUUAUCAACAUCCAAGGGGAGGCAUGUUCAUGGGCACAAAUUGAAAUGUAAAAACAGAGAAUCAGAUCCUGAUGAAAUGUAUAACUAUUAUGAUGUGAAUAAAGUUUAAUUAAGAUGAAUAUGUUAUCACUGUCUGAGAUGAAGUUAUAUAAAAGAAUUAAACAGCUGUAAAUUGUGUUAUAUUUUCAUUUUGCAUCCUAAAAUGGUUGGGCUAGCUAAUUUGAGCUUUGGGCUAGCAAUUGUUUACUGACUAGUAGCCCCUGGGCUAGUGAGUUUCCCUGGAAUAUUUCAACCCCUG